CUCGAGUUAAGAAUAACGCCCUUCUAUCAUGAGGUGAGGCCAUCGCACUUCCUGAACACCCAGGGCUGGCCCUCCUCUCCCAUAAUAUUCUCAAUAUGCAGUCUCUACGGUCUGCACGUUUUUUGCGUUCUUCACAACCACUUUCGAGGGUCCCUCGGCGAUGGAGCAAUUCUAUAUCGCAGCGCCCUGGAUCGGAUCGUGUCCGGUUUCCAGGGGCUAUCAAUAGCAAAUUCACUACCGAUAUGACCUUCAUCAACCCUACCGAAAUGUCCAAUAUCCCUACGUACCGAGUCAUGGACUCCGACGGAGUACUGGUCGACAAGUCGCGCAAGUCCAUCGAUGUGCCAAAGGAAGAGAUUCUGGCAUGGUACAAGAACAUGUUGACAGUCAGUGUCAUGGACGUCAUCAUGUUUGAAGCGCAACGGCAGGGUCGACUGAGCUUCUAUAUGGUAUCUGCCGGCGAAGAAGGGAUCAGUGUCGGAUCCGCCGCAGCCUUAACCCCAGACGACGUAGUAUUCGCCCAGUACCGCGAAGCAGGCGUCUUCCAGCAACGAGGCUUCACCCUGAAAAACUUCAUGAGCCAACUGUUUGCCAAUAGAUUCGACAACAGCAAGGGCCGUAACAUGCCAGUACAUUAUGGGUGCAACUAUCCCCGAACACACACAAUCUCCUCCCCGCUUGCAACCCAAAUACCCCAAGCAUCCGGUGCUGCCUACGCUCUCAAGUUACAAUCACUCCAGAACCCCGAUACCCCGGCGCGAAUCGUUGCCUGCUAUUUCGGCGAAGGAGCCGCCAGCGAAGGAGACUUCCAUGCGGGCUUGAAUAUAGCUGCGACGCGGUCCUGUCCCGUGGUGUUCAUCUGCCGCAACAAUGGAUAUGCGAUCUCCACCCCUACACUAGAACAAUACCGGGGCGACGGUAUCGCUAGCCGCGGUGUUGGCUACGGCAUUGACACCAUCCGGGUGGACGGCAACGACAUCUUCGCCGUCUACGAGGCAAUGCGUGAAGCUCGUCGUCUCGCCCUCCAAGGUGGCGGUAAACCCGUCCUAAUCGAAGCGAUGAGCUACCGUGUAUCACAUCACAGCACUAGUGAUGAUAGCUUUGCGUACCGGGCAAGGGUUGAAGUCGAGGACUGGAAACGGCGCGAUAACCCAAUUAUCCGGUUGCGGAAGUGGUUGGAAAAUGAAGGUCACUGGAGUGAAGAUCUAGAGCGGGAAACGCGCGAUAAGAUUCGAAAGGAGGUGCUCAGGGAGUUUGGGGAGGCAGAGCGGGAGAAGAAGCCCCCAUUGAGGGAAGCGUUUGAGGGGGUUUAUGACGAGUUGACAGAGGAGGCGGAGGCUCAGAUGAAGGAGCUGAAGAGGAUAUUGGAGACAUAUCCUGAGGAGUAUGAUUUGCAUCAGUUCCAGGAUGGCGUAAAUGGGUUACGAUAGAGCUGUCAUCAUAAUCGACGCUUUUUGUCUGCUUAAAUCAUGGAGAAGUUAAGUGGCUGGCUUUCUCUGAUGUUUAUAGCCGCACAACCUGUUUAGCAUAUAGAGAAACAUUUAUAAUGCCACUUCCAUGACAUUUUGUGAGACGAAUAUUUGCUCACCGAGACGUUCAGAUAUGGCAGCGCAAGGUAAAAUAGUGAGGAUGGUC